AUGGCUACACAUUUGGCAAAUCUGGCCUCUCAGGCUAUCCGACAGCCGAUGGCUUGGAAUUUGAUUCCCUUGAGUCUAUUGUGGACGGCUUACCGGCUCAACAAAUAUCUCAACUCUCGAGCUCUAAAUAAUGGAGUUGAAGCCACUUUCGAUUGGAAAAAAGAGGUUGUGCUAGUUACAGGGGGCUCAGAUGGUAUUGGUGCAGCGACAGUCCAGAAGCUGGCUGAACGCGGUACCACCGUUAUUGUGAUUGAUAUUCGGCCUUUGACAUAUGAUGCUCCGAAAAACGUUCACUAUUACCGAUGCGACUUGACUAAUAGAACCGAGUUUGAAUCUGUCGCCGAGACUGUCCGUCGGACAUUCGCUGUCAACAAUCUUGCUCUGAUCUGGACAGCGCAGAUCUUUCUUCCUUCAAUGGUCACACAUAAUCAUGGCCACUUCCUCAUAAUGGCCUCACAAGCAGGUCAUUUAGCCACAUCUGGCGUGGUGGAUUAUGCUGCCACCAAAGCUGCUGCAUUGGCUAUAUACGAAGGUCUCCAGACAGAGCUGCGACAUGUCUACAAGGCACCCGCUGUGAGAAUGUCCUGUAUGGCACCCUCGGCUGUACAAACCAAGAUGUUUCGCGGCAUAAAGACGCCAGCAUCUGUCACGCUCUUGGGGCCCAAUGAUGUCGGCUCACUGAUUACCGAGAUACUUUGGAGUGGGCGGGCGCAAAAUCGGAUGACGCCUGCCUUGGCUUAUAUCUCACCACCGACACGAGCGCUUCCUGAUUGGAUUCGGGUCGGAUUGCAGGAUUUCGGAAAGGAUGUGAUGUCAGAUCUGUCCCCCCAUCAGCCAAUGGAGGAGAUAGAGUGA